AUGGACGACAAGUCAUCAACGCGGCCCACGAGGCUGACCAAGAGAGGGCCGUCGAAAGAGCGAGGCCCGCCAAUAGCCUAUUUGAACAAGGGCCCGACGACGCUGAAGCGUGCGCCGAGCGCCGCCUCUUACUUCCAGCCGAAUCUUGGCGUAGCACCUGCAGCAUCCUCGUCGCAGUCGCCAGCGCGAGGCCUCUCCCGCUCGCCCUCGCACACCCUGCGGCCCGUCUACGAGCCCCCCAACCCGCAUGCCUAUGACCUGCAACCCGUCCACGUCGGCCAGCCCUUCGACCGCAUCGUCGAGGAAGCUCUGAACGCCUCGAGCCAGCCGCGGCCCGCCCUCCAGCACUCGUACACCGACCAGCCUGCCCAGAACCGCUACCUGCGCCAGUCGCGCUCCUUCACCUCCAAGAUGGACACCACGACGACCCCGCCCUCGACCACGUCGAGCAAGACGAACCGCUACAGCGACGGCAGCGGCGAUGCAGCCAAGAAGCGCCUCUCGGGCGGCGCAAAGAAGAAGGGCACCUUUUCCAACUUCAUGAGCAGCAUGCUGGGCUCGCCGCGCCGCCCGACCAUCUCGACGCCCACGAACCCCAUGCACGUCACCCACGUCAGCAUCGACAACCAUACGGGCGAGUACACGGGCCUCCCCAAGGAGUGGCAGCGCAUGCUCCAGCAGAAUGGCAUCUCGCAGGAGGAGCAGAAGCAGCACCCCCAGGCCGUCAUGGACGUGGUCAACUUCUACAAGGACAAUGCCGAGAAGAACGAGGAAGAUGCCAUCUGGGACAAGAUGGGGCCCACGCAGCCUCAGGGAUACGCGUACCAGGCCAACAUUGUGCCCCAGACUGCAAACUACGGCUCCAACCAGCCCCCGCUCAGUCCCCCGCAGAGCCCGCGAUUCCCACGGAACGACCAGUCUAGCUUCGAAAACCCGCGUGCGCCUCCUCCCGUUCCGCGCAGCCUGACCUCCCCCGUCGUUAACUCUCCUCCAGUCAAUGUUGCAGCCCUCGUGCCCAGCCGGCCAGCGCCCAAGCCUCCAGGCCCUCCUGCUGGUUCCGCCGCGCCCAUGCCAAACAGACCUGCCCCCGCGGCCCCAAGUCCGAUCAUCACCCAGCACCAGACCCCUCGCUACGAGAACGACUACCCCCAGGCUGCCUACGCCCACCCAACUCCCUCAGAGAGCCCCAAUGGCUCUUCUGCAAUGUCCCGCACCCGAUCCAACACCACGGGAGGAACGCCGCCGCGAUUUGAUUCCCCAGCCAGUUCGACCCCGAUCUCUCCCGCCCAGCAAUACCAGCAGCAGCAGCAGCAAGCCAUGGCCAUGGCAACCACGCAGCAGCCAAAGGCACCUCUAGGGAGGAGCAUGAGCCAAAGAGCCCCGCAACCAAACUACGCACCACCUGUAGUCCCUGCGCCGCAGCCGCAGCCGCAGCCGCAGAUGCAGAUGUCCCAGCCGACGCCCCAGCAGGUCUUUGCCCAGCAAUCGGAUCCCCAAAACAUUCCAUUACCAUCGCAACAGGCUCGUGUUGGUCCAGCGCCCCGGCCACGUCAAAGGCCGAGGCAGAGUCAGGGACCGGAUAUCGUGGCCAAGCUCAAUGCCAUCUGUACCAAUGCCGAUCCCCGGGAGAGAUACCGCAACCUCAGCAAGAUCGGCCAGGGUGCUUCUGGUGGUGUGUUCAUGGCCUACGAAAACAGCACCAACAAGUGCGUAGCCAUCAAGCAGAUGAACCUCGAGCAGCAGCCAAAGAAAGACCUGAUUAUCAACGAGAUCUUGGUCAUGAAGGACAGCAAGCACAAGAACAUUGUAAACUUCAUGGACAGCUUUUUGCUACGAGGUGAUCUGUGGGUAGUUAUGGAGUACAUGGAGGGUGGAAGUUUGACGGAUGUCGUUACUUUCAACAUCAUGUCCGAAGGCCAAAUAGCUGCUGUGUGCAGAGAGACCCUCCACGGCUUGCAACAUCUUCACUCUAAGGGCGUCAUUCAUCGAGACAUCAAGUCGGACAACAUUCUGCUUUCCCAAGAAGGCAACAUCAAGCUCACCGACUUCGGUUUCUGCGCGCAAAUCAACGAAAGCCACAACAAGCGCACGACCAUGGUAGGUACCCCCUACUGGAUGGCUCCCGAGGUUGUCACUCGCAAGGAGUACGGCCGAAAGGUUGACAUCUGGUCGUUGGGUAUCAUGUCCAUCGAGAUGAUCGAGGGAGAGCCGCCGUACCUGAAUGAAAGUCCACUCCGUGCACUGUGGCUCAUCGCGACCAACGGCACACCGACGAUUAAGGAGGAACAUGCCUUGUCGCCAGUGUUCCGUGACUUCUUGGGCUUCUCGCUCAAGGUCGACCCCGACAAGCGGGCUAGUGCUCACGAUCUUCUGGUGCACCCCUUCAUCCAGACCGCUGAACCGCUAGGCACAUUAGCGCCACUGGUACAAUCGGCGAGGAAAGCGAGGGCAGAAGAGAGGCGGAAGAAGGGUGGUCUGUGA